AUGCGGAUCGAGCACGUCGAGAUCGGGGCGGGAGGCGUGUACGAGCAAUCGCUCCCCGAGGGGUGGACGUGCAUAGUCUACGUGCGGCGCGGUACCGUGGCGGUGGGCGGGGAGGAGGUUGGCAUGCACGAGACGUGCCAGUUGGCGCGCCGCGGCGGGGACGGCCUCUCGCUGGCGUGCGUGGGCGGGCGGGCCGCCGACGUGCUCGUGCUCGCCGGCGAGCCGCUGGGCGCUCCGGUGGUCGCCUCGGGCACGAUGGCUGAGGUGGACCGGGCGGUGAUCGACUACCGCCGCGGCGAGUUUGGGCUCCCGUGGGAGCACACGCUUAGCGACGAGGAGUGGGCGCGGCGGUGCGACGAGCGGCAGGCUGAGAGGGGGCGGGGGACCGGUGGCGGCGUGGAUGAGGAUGGCGUGCGAUCGCCGUUCCCAUGA